UAAGGCUCGCGGCGAUUGGGCGGAACUGCCGGUGGCGGUUUGCUCCGUUGCUAGAGUGGAGGUUUACAGUUGAGCGUGGCUGGUGCAGGUCGGAGUUGAUCCGAGGAGCAGCUUCAGGCUCUCGGGAGUGGGGGAGGCCUUCCGCGUUUCCGCGGGGUUUGUCCCCCGCGGGCCCCGUAGGAAGACCGGAAGCGGCCCCUCCUGUGCCACCGAGGACCCCAGCCCAGCCUGGAGGCCCGGGUAGGGUGGGAUGAGCGCGGCGGAGUCCUCCCCGGGGUCUCCUCGCGCCGCCAGGAGCUUGGCAGCCACCCAAAUUACCUCCACAUUUACUAAUUCUCCAAGUCCAGGUUGUGGGGAUUCUACUCCACUCCCUUCCAUCAAUGAGCGCCUGGCCUUUCUCCGCCCCUCCCGGGAGCUGCUGGAAUACUAUCGCAAAAAGAUUUCUGAAUUUGAUGAAGAGCAUGAAGACCUGGUGAAAAGGCUGGAGAGAUACAAAGAAACGUAUGAUGAGCAGCACAAACUACAGUGGGAGAUGCGUCAACGGGAAGAGGAAAUUGCAGAGCUGCAGAAGGCUUUGAGCGAUAUGCAAGUUUACCUCUUCCAGGAGAGGGAACAUGUGUUACGUCUUUACUCAGAAAAUGACCGGCUGAAAAUCAGGGAGCUGGAAGACAGAAAAAAGAUUCAACAUCUCCUAGCUCUUGUGGGAACAGACACAGGAGAAGUCACUUAUUUUCACAAGGAGCCUCCACACAAGGUCACUGUUUCUCAAAGGCCACUCAAAUCCAGAGAUCAACAUGAACAAAAUGAUACAUAUACUUCCAGAACAGCAGGCACUAAAAGGAGCACCUCAAAGCCAGCAGGAAAAGGUGAGAAACCAGGAAGUCCUGAAAAAUAUCACAGAGACAAUCAAACUCUUUUACUGCAGGUAGAGGCUCUGCAGGCUCAAAUGGAAGAGCAGACCCGGUUAUCCAAGGAACAGCUUGAUGCGCUGUUAGAAGAUAGGAGGAUUCACAUGGAAGAAGCCCAGGUUCAGCACCAGAGGGACCAAGACAAAAUCAAAAGCUUGACAGAUAAACUCCAUAAGACCCAGAACCUACUCUAUGAGAGCACACGGGACUUUCUCCAGCUGAAGUUUGAUUCACGAGCAAGUGAGAAAGCGUGGAUGGCAGAGAAGGACAGUUUAUUGAGGAAACUUGAUGAAGGCCGGGACGUGCUUUUCAUCAGCAGGGAGCCAGAGAGAGAGAGAAAGGAGAGAGACGUCAAGCUGACUCGUCAUGCAGAUCGUGAAAUUCAGAAAGUACAGAGCGGAGAAAUCAAGUCAUUGCAGGAGCAGUUAAUACAGGAGCAGAGACUGGCAAGCAUGUACCGAGAGCAAUGUGUUACCUUGGAGGGUGAGCUGGCUAGGAUUCGUGAGGAGGGGGAUGUUGGCCGAGAGCUCUUCAAGGAACGCUCAGAAAAGAUGGGGAAGCGUUUGCAGCUGAUGACGCAACGAUAUGAGGCCCUGGAAAAACGGCGUAGCAUGGAAGUAGAAGGCUUCAAGAAUGACAUUAAGCAGCUUCGGCAGAGGUUGAAGGAUGUAGAGAAACAGCUCUUUAAGGUGACCAUGAAUAUUGGACCAGACCAAGACCUUGCUAUUCUGCAUGAGGUACGCCAAGGCAACAGGCGAACUCGCAAAAUUCAAGGAGAACUAAGAAACUUGAAGGCAAAAAUCUAUGGCUUGGAGAAUGAACUACGGAUCUGUUGAUA